UAAGUGAGGAGCAGCCAUGCUCUUUGCACCAAGCAUCCGACAGAUAGAGACAGACAGGAGGAGAGAAGAGGGAGCCGUACACGGAGGAAAAAAAGGGUGGGAGAAAAAAAUGGUAAAGAGAGCAGGGCAAGGGGACUGAAUGAGUUUGCAGCAGUCAUUACAUACAUUUAUAAAUUAUCCGGUGGAGAGUGAAGAGAAAUAGAAGAAAAAGAUGCGGUGGAAAGGGAGAGACGGCGAGACCGAAGGUAGCCAUGAAAUGGUCUUCUAAAGCAGAGCUCCAAAGAUUUCUGAACUCUCUCUCGGCUAGCUUUCUGUUCUCCACUUCACCUUCAGACCCUUUUGCUUGGGAUGGAAGGGAGGCAGCUCCUCCCACUGCUCUUUUCUCCUCCUCCUCUUCCAACCGAGCUGCUCUCUAAAUUCAUGGAUGAAUGAAGAGGAGAGAAACUGACCGGGCUGGCUUAGUCCUUCAUGGCUACAGCCCUGCAUGUAACUCAAACAAGAGCACACCCGCUUGCUCACCCAUCCUACACAAACGCCCUCGCUCACCGCUGCCCCUGCAGAGCUUGGAGGGAGAGGCCAUGGUGGAGAAGGGCUGUGACCACUCGGACAAGUCUCCCCCUCCAGAGCCCCUGGGGCAGCGCACCUGUAGCCACUCGGUCCACGGCAACGCCACGCGAACCGGGGGUAAGAACUCCAAGAAAAGCCAGAGCUGGUACAACGUUCUGAGCCCCACAUACAAACAGCGCAAUGAGGACUUCAGGAAGCUCUUCAAACCUCUCCCCGAUACAGAGCGCCUCAUCGUGGACUAUUCCUGCGCGCUGCAACGCGACAUCCUUCUGCAGGGUCGCCUAUACCUGUCUGAGAACUGGAUCUGUUUCUAUAGCAACAUCUUCCGCUGGGAAACGCUGCUGACAGUAAGGUUAAAGGACAUCUGCUCCAUGACUAAAGAGAAGACAGCACGCCUCAUUCCCAAUGCCAUCCAGCUGUGCACUGACAAUGAAAAGCAUUUUUUCACCUCCUUUGGGGCAAGGGACCGAACUUACAUGAUGAUGUUUAGACUGUGGCAAAAUGCUCUGCUAGAAAAGCCCUUGUGUCCCAAAGAACUAUGGCACUUUGUCCACCAGUGUUAUGGCAGUGAGCUGGGCCUCACCAGCGAUGACGAGGACUACGUCCCCCCGGACGACGACUUCAACACCAUGGGGUACUGUGAGGAGCUGCAGGCAGAGGACAGCGAGGCCAGCGACCCCGCCCGUUCAGAGGCCAAGCCUGAGCUCAGCCACCUGGCCCUACCCCUGCUGGACCCCCUGGGCAUCCCCCCCCUGAACCCCCUGGCUAUCCCCCCGCUGGACCCCCUGGGCAUCGCCCCCCUGGACCCCCUGGCCUGUCUGGUCAGCCCAGACACAGCCCUCCCUUACGACUUGCUCCCAUUGGACAAUUUUUCCCCCUGUCUCCCCGAUGGUGAACUCCUGACCCUUCCGUUGCUGGGCAACAUGAACAGUGGUCUGAGAAGCCGACCACCCUCCCCUUCGCUGGACUUCAAUGAUAACGAGGACCUGCCCACCGAGCUCAGUGACUCCUCCGACACACACGAUGAAGCAGGGGAAGUGCAAGCAUUCCACGAGGACCUCAACGGCCGUCAGUACAUAAACGAGGUCUACAAGUUCAGCGUAGACAAGAUGUACGACAUCCUUUUCACAGAGUCUCGCUUCAUGAAGGACUUCCUUGACCAGCGCAGGUUCUCAGACGUAGUCUAUCACCCAUGGAAGAAAGAGGCGGAAGGCAACCAGACCAGAGACAUCAUGUACACCAUCUCUCUCACCAACCCUCUGGCCCCAAAGUCUGCCACCGUCACUGAGACCCAAACUCUGUUCAAAGCCAGCCAGGAAAGCGAGUGUUACAUCAUUGAUGCAGAAGUGAUCGCUCAUGAUGUCCCCUACCAUGACUACUUCUACACCCUCAACCGCUACAUGCUCACCAGGGUGGCCAAGAACAAGUGUCGACUCAGGGUGUCCACUGAGCUGCGCUACAGGAAGCAGCCAUGGGGCCUGGUGAAAGGCUUCAUCGAGAGGAACUCCUGGAGCGGUCUGGACGAGUACUUCAGACACCUCGAGGUGGAGCUGGGUAAAGUGGAGGUGGUCCUAACACAGCCACACAGACUGUCUCCGAAGGCAGUGAGGAGGAGGAAGAGAGUGUUGGUGCGGCCCCCCCAGAUGGACCAGGCUCUAGGCUCCCUGACAACCCCCGAGGACGACAAGGAGGUCAUCCACUUCAUCAAGCGUGUGGCAGGUUCCACCCAGACCAGACACAUACCAGACCCCGUCCCAGGUGGCCUGGCACUCUACAACGUCUCCAAGCUGCUGCUCCUCAUCAGCCUGGUACAGAUGGAGUGUUGGAGAGGGAACAUAAACAUCUUGUUUCAUCACUUGGUUUUGGUGUUCCUAGUGCUGCUGGUGUUUCUGAACAUGAUGCUGUUCUACAAGCUAUGGAUGCUGGAGUACACAACACAGAGUCUGUCUUCCUGGCAAGACCUCCGUCCUCCAGAAAGUAAACUGCCCCAGACUCAGCAAGAGUUGACAAAGCUCUUAGAGACGCAGCAGCGUUACCAUGACAAUGAACUGCAGAAAUGGAAAGAGAUCAUCAAGACUUCUGUCAUCCUGCUGGAUGAGAUGAAGAGCUCGUUACUGAACCUGCAGAAGGGCAUCGGCUCGAGGGACUAUAAUUCAGAAUCAUCAGAGAAGAGGACACAAUAUCACUGACAAACAAUCCUAAGGCAAAAUGGACAUUAUGUGCAAUAUACAACCAUUUCUGGUGGCCCACAACCUCUAGGAAUUCAAAACAAACUUGGUUGAGGAGCGUCUGUCGACUGCAGUGCGGUCUGUCGACUGCAGUGCGGUCUGUCGACUGCAGUGUGGUCUUGUGAAAAAUCCCAAUCCGGUUUCUCUUUUUUCAAAGAAUGUUGUAAUGUUUGUUGAUGCCACUGAUGGAAGAUAGUCACAUUGAAAUCAGCUUAUUUUGUCUCAGACUCGGUAAAGUUGAAAACACCUGAAGUAUCCGUUUUCCACCCAGCAUUGGAAUCUGGGAGCAGGUUUCAGCCACAGCAGAACCACAAUCCGCUUCCUCUCCAGAAGCAGCCAAUAUAUGUUGUCCACCUAACCCUAACCCUUACUGACAGAUGCCCCAACUCUGAGAAGAGAGCACCUUUUAGCCCCGAUGAUAUUACUGUUAACAAUUACAACAGGGUUCGGCAGACUAGAACCAGAUGAGAAUUAUAACAGAUCUGCAGCAGAUAUGGAUGCAUAUAAUUACAUGUAUAAUAUUUCAUAUGUUAGUUUUAAUUGUGUCCAUUGUGGCCAGGGCUUAUUUAUAAUAUGCUUCCGUGGCAUGUCAGGGCUGGUUUCCCUGAGAGCUUGUGUUGCCAUGCAUUUUUUAAGGCUUAAAUUGUCUCUACUUGUAGAGUUGCUCUGUAGAGUUGCUCUUGUAGAGUUCUACGAUGCUCUGUCCUGUUUUACUGACUCGUUGGAAAACCUAGCUUGGCUGUUAGCAUUAAAGACAAUGUAUGGGACUAUUUAUUAGCUUCAGUAUAGAUGUUGUUAGUGUUCUAAUGUCUAAUGUUUAUCCAACAUUAUGCAUGACAAAUUGUUAAAAUCUUAACUGCAGCAAAACAUUCUUCUUUUAAUCCUUCUUUCAAUGUUGUUGCUUUAACCUGGGAUCAGGUUAUAAAAUGGACAGUGGUUUCUCUG